UAUGAGGACAUUGUAACUGACCUGUAGGGGGCGAUAAUGCUCCGUUUGGUUGCUAUUCACCAACAAAACGGGAGAAAAAGAAAAGAAGAAGGAGGCUGGAGAUCAGCUGAGUGGCUGCUCGGCAGAGGUUUUUUCCCAAGAUGAUGCAGGCUCUGAAGGGCGUCAGGUACCUGAACACGAGCACAGUGAAACAAGCAGUGUCGGAGCUCUCUGUCCCGGUCCCGUGGGGAGAGAUCAGGGGCAAAGUCUGGGGUCCUGACCACGGUCGUCCUGUGCUCUGCCUGCACGGCUGGGCGGACAACUGUGGUACAUUCAACACUCUCAUUCCGCUGCUGCCCAAAGAGUGCAGGUAUGUGGCAGUGGACCUGCCGGGACACGGCCGGUCAUCUCAUCGUCCUCCUGGAGUUUUCUACUCCUUCCCCUUGUAUCUGAUGGAUGUACGCAGAGUCGUUGACGCUCUGCAGUGGAGCAAAUUCUCCAUCAUAGGCCACAGUAUGGGUGGGAACAUUGCUGGAAUGUUCAGUGCACUGUAUCCUGAGGAGGUGGAUGCUCUCAUCCUGCUGGACUCGUUUGGAUUUUUACCUACAGAUGUGAAAAGAAUUCCUAAAGUGAUAAGAAAGGGGUUGGACGAGAUGCUUCAGUUUGAGAAGAGGACAGAAGAGAAGGAGAGAAGAGUUUACACAUACGAGAAAGCAGCUGAGAGGCUUUUGGCUGUAAACAGGACUCUGUCUGAACGGUCUGUGCACACCCUUUUAGAACGAGGUCUAGUUCAAGUCGAAGGAGGAUUUGUGUUCACCCGAGACUUUCGUAUUAAUCUGACCAACAUUGUGCGCAUCAGUGUGGAGCAGAGUCUGGAGAUGCAGUCGAACAUAAAAGCCUCCGGCCUGGUUGUUCUAGCAGAGGACGGCUUUGAGAAAGUGUUCGUCGAACAAGAUCAAAAGAGAUUUACGUCAGCACUUCUCCAGGCCUAUAGGGACAGAAAUCACACAGUGGCGAGAGUAGCAGGUGAUCAUCACAUACAUUUGAACAACCCUGAGGUCGUGGCUCCCCUUGUGUCGGACUUCUUGCGGACCAAAGUGUUGGCGCAGUCAGACGAACUGAAAGACGUACUGACGUCUAAGUUGUAGAAAUAUAUAUGGCCAGCUCACUCUGUCACUCUGAACGUGAAUUAACCUUUUGUUAAUGUAGUGUAGCUGGUUUUAGGUUGGUUUUAUUCAUACACCACUUUUCAGUAUCAACUAACCACCACUUCUGAAUUGUACUAAGUAUAUUAAUAUAUAUUGAUUUGCACUGAUGUCGAUUUGACUGUUGUGACAAACAAUAUACUAGUCAUGUUUCACACUGAACUCCAAUAGGGCAGUAAAAUAGUGAUGGAAGGGACCAUUGCACUGCUGCCUCAAUGUGUUUUUAGCACAGUUUGUAUUUUUUAACUUUCUUAUGAAGUGAAUAUUAUAAUUCAAAUCUAGCUUAAAUCAACUCUUCAUGUCAAGUCUGCAUUAUAUUAACUUUUUAAUAACUCUAUUUAUACAGCAACUUUUAAAACAGUUGUUACAAAGUGCUUUACAAAGAAGGACAAACAUUAAACUUCAAAGACGACAAAAUAAUGCCAUAACAUUUAAAUUGUUGUAUUAUUGAUGUAUGAACUGACAUGUCAACAACGACUUCUGUACAGCAUUGUGUGUAUUUAAAUGGUAAAAUGACACCAUUGCUCUAAAACCUCCAUAUUCACCAUCCUACAGUAUUUUCAGCUGCCAACCAGUCAAGUUGUAUUUUAACAUCCAUGUCUGUCCAGAGUCAAAUGUUAAAUGCAGUGAAGAUGUUCAAGGAAUUUAAUUAAAAGGUAUCAAAUGUA